AUGGCUGGUUUUGCAACUUCGGAAGAUGCCACGGUGAGCGCCUUGAGCUGGUUCAAAGUGAGUUUGGUAGCGGAGCCCGGACGACCGGGCUCCGUUGCCGGUGCCCUCGCGUUUGUGCGCGGGCUUGCUCCUUCGGCUGCCACCUGCGGAGGCAGGUUGCCACUUACGAGUGGCCACUACAUCCUGCGGCUGCUCGAGAUUCCUGACUCCUUGGUUGGUGGCCUCUGCGGCAACGGGCUUGGUGUGGUGAUCCAGGACAACUUCGAGCGCUUCAACCUGACCUUUGCUGCUGAAGGUCUACGGCCUCUGGCGUUGGUGAACUUCCCCUACUGGCUGGUCUUGGCAGAGCUCUUUGAGUUCCGAAGGGAUACUCCACCGGGUUGGGCUCCGGGGGACCCUGGUUAUCCUCUAAGAUUGUACCUAGAGAAACUGCAGCUGUGGUACAAGACAACGACAGCUGAAGACGAAGUUGUCGGACCACUGAUAGCCGGCAGACUACAUGGUCGAGCGGCGAAGGUGGCGAUGUCUUUGAGGAUUCCCAGACCCGAUGGACAGCUGGACAUUGGCCCGGACGCUUUGUCACGACUGGCUGUCGACGAGGUGGUGGACCCCAACACUGGUGCAAUCAUCCAGAACCACAUAGCCAGCGGAGUGCAGUACCUCAUGCAUGCGCUCCGACAAGCUUUUGGACAACUUGACCAAGAUCUUGCAACAGCAGCGUUGGACAAGUUCUUCGGCCUCACCCGUCAAGGUCAAAAGAUGUCACUGGCUGAGUACGCUGUGGAGUUCGAGACAAGGUAUGACGAGGCGCAAGAUAGAGCAGGACUUCAGUUGAACAACGUCGCCAAGUUCUACCUUUGGUUCAAGCACAGCGGACUACCAGCAAAGACCAUCGACGACAUCAAGUUGCAGGUCAAUGGAGACUACAACAGAUUCGACGAUGCAAAAGGCCUGGCUUUGAGACUCAGCCCAAACAGGAAUGAAAAUGACCACGACAUCUUCUAUGGCGACUACAUGGAUGAGGAGCUCUAUGAGGAGGACUGGAACCAUGACUAUGAUGAUGAAGACCUAUGGUGGUAUGGCUAUGGAGGAUAUCCAGAAGACGAUGAUUGGUGGGACUACGACUAUGACUAUGACGACGGCAACUACUACUGGGAUGAUGAUGCUGGCUGGAGAGAAGAGUCCCAAGAAGAACAGAAACCUUCUGGAGCAAACGAGACUGUGGAUGCCGAGAACAAGGAUGAGACGCAGAUCCAUGAGGACUACUACAAAGGUGGAAAAGCCAAGGGCAAAGGUGGAGAUGGAUGCUUCAACUGUGGCUCACAUUGGCACAUGGCUCGCGAUUGCCCCUUGCCAUCAAACCGACAAGAACAUGGAAAAGGGAAAGCAAAAGGCUAUGCUUUUGGACGCAAGGGCAAAGGCAAGAGCUAUGGCGGCUACAGACCUUACAAGGGCUUCGGAAAGUCGAAAGGCUAUGGCAAGUACGGUGGCAAGUAUGGAGGAAAGUUUGGAUCCGGUGGCAAAGGCUAUGGAAAAGGCAAGCGCUACUGGUAUUCCUCUUCAUCGGCAUCAAGACCUAAGAUCGACUUCUCCGAAGGCAUUCCAGACUCCACUACAUCGACAUCAACGACGCGGCAUUUCAACACCGUCACUGCCAACUACAACAACCAUGCUGAGACCUUUGUGAUGCACACUUCUUCAGAAGAAGAAGAUUUCAAAUGGGCGAGAUCUACUACCAGAAAAGCUGCUGCAGAGCCUUCAGAUGGUCAUGCACAACCUCCUGGAGAACGAAAACAUGGCACAGCCUUCAACUUUGCAGUCUUCCAUGCGGGCAACCAGAUGGAUGUGUUGGAGAGCUACUUCAAUGUCCGAGGAGAACAACGCCAUGGUCUUCUUAUCGACCCAGGAGCAGCAUCGGGCCUAAUAGGCUCUGACACCUUGAAGCAGCUGAUGGACAACUGCAUCACGCCUUUUGGCAAACAACAUGAGGUCUCCAUGAACUACCAGAAAACAACCCCUGUGAGCGGCAUCAGCGGCGAAGCAAAUCAGACCUUGGGAGAAAUCUCCAUUCCCUUGCAAGCUGGCGGCUACUCCAUCACGUACACGGCAGAUGUCAUUGGUGGCUCUGGCUCUACUUGCCCGGCAUUGGUUGGCAACCCAACACUCUGUCGCCUUGAUGCCAGUAUCUUUGCCAACUGGUUUGCAAAUGGAGAUGGACUGAUGAUGGUUGGUGGAAGAGAGAAAGACAGCGAGGAGAAGCAUUACCGCAUCUUCCGCUUGCUCUUGACAGACUCGGGGCACUACAUCCUGCCGACCGACCACGAGCAGACAGCACGCGUGGCCAAGGAGACCAAGAAGGAAGUCAUGCUGUUCACGCAGAAGGUCGCUGAGGAGAGUGCCAAACAAUGGAACGAUGUUCAUGACCGAGUCCGUCAUUGCUUCCUCAACUACAACAGGCCAGUCACCGUUUUGCAGCCAGGAGGUGACCGGGGUGAUCAAAACGAAGACAUCAUCCAUAGCGACAGCAAGACAUUCAACCAUCAAGAACGACAUCGACCUGACAAGCAUCAUUCACAUGAACCUGAUUCAGCACAACCUCAACCUGAUUCACUUCAAACACAUGACACAACAUCCACAACACAACAACCUGAUCUACCUCCAUCACAUGACCAACCAUCUCAACAACAUGAUGCACUUCGACCUGAACCUGAUUCAGUACCACUGCAACAAGAUCUACCACGAUCAGAAUCUGAAUCGGCUCCAACUGUCCGAACCAAGACAGUUCAGUUCAUUUUGGACGAGCCGCAACAACCAGUUUCACAGGAGCCAGCCAUUUUGGCCAAUAAGUCUCCUUUGACUCCCAAGGAGUCUCACGUGCACUACGACGACGUCAAAGCAGAGAUGACCAACUCCAAAGCUUCUGCCAUUUUGGCAUCAACAGCUGGAGACGACGAGCACUUCCCGAAGUACCAGGAAGACCAAUUGCCUGAAGGCGCUGAUGUGCCGAAGCUGACAAGACGAUACAAGGCCCUUCCUGAGGAGUACUACACAAAGACGGGCAUGGCUCCAGUCACCCCCAAGAACUUCAACAAGUGGUUCAAUCGAACCAAAGGAAAAGGACUUCGAUGGCACUUUUGGGAGCUUUUCUCCGGCACUGGAAGACUCAGCUUGGUGAUGUUCAUGGCUGGACUCAUUGUUGGCUUUCCCGUGGACUUCCGCUACGGCUGGGACUUGUCAAACGAAAGCCACCAAGCUAUGCUUCGCAAAGCCCAAGCUGAAUUUCAACCAGGAGUGGUGCACAUUGCACCUGACUGCGCACCAUGGAGUGUCUCUUCGUCAUCGAAAGAUCCUGAACUUCGACUGCAAGAACGUUGGGCUGCUCGAUCAUCGCUGGAGUUCACCCAGGAGACAUGUGAGCGUCAAUGCAAACAUUCCCGUGGCUACAACAUGGAACAGCCCCUAGGCAGCGCACUUUUCCAAGAAGAUUUACCUGAGAAUCCACUACGACUUCAAGCUCUUCCAGGACAUCGCAAACGGCAACGUCUGGAUCAAUGCAUGCUUGGAGCUCAAGAUGAACAUGGAGCCCCUGUUCAGAAGGCUACUGGAUUCUCUUCAAACAUCAAAUGGAAGCGCACUGCUCUACGCUGUUCUGGACACAAAGGGAAACUACAUGCUCACCUUCGUGGAACUGACUCCAGUGGUUUGACGAUGACAUCAAAAGCCGCAGCCUAUCCUCGCAGCAUGUGCCAGAAGAUGAAGUUGGAUGUGAUUGACUUUCUCCACAACAACAACUUGCUACAGCUUGGCCGAUGGCCUGAACAUCUUCGACAUUUUGCUGUUCAACAUUUCUACGAAUGUGUUCGAUGUCAGCUUGGUCGUUUUUGUCCUUCAGACAUUCCACACACUAUGGUUCCCAAAGAAUGUCGACAUGGACGUUGGGCAGCUGGCACUGGUCCGAAAGGAAAAGGAAAGACAACAACACCUGUGGACCCACUUGCCAACUGGAAAGAACGAGCUGACAGAGAGAACUACGAAUCCAUCAAGAUCCACGACCACUCUUUUCCAGUACUUGACCAAUCCCAACAACACUAUCUCAAGAGGCUGCUGAUUGAAGCAGUUGACAUGACCUUGGAGUACGUCAGAGAAGCCAUCAAGAACAAGAUUGAGUACGACCACUGGAUUGACCUUUCAACCCAUUUGGCAAUCUUCAAGGAGAUCUUUGGUGGACAUCUGCUCGUCCGUGGAGUGCGAGUGGAACUACGCCCUUCCAAGCUUCGCGACGCACAACCUGUUCUGGCUGUGGAAUCAUCUCAUCUUCGACUGCAAAUUCGAGGACAUGUCAAGGAGUGGCACAUACAUCCAGUAGAAGAUUUACGAGAAUGCAGCCACAAUCAGAUCUAUGGAGCGAUCGAUGAGGACGACUGGAUGAUUACCAUCUUUGGAACAGAGUUGCAAGGUGUGCCAGCUCCAUCAACUCCUAUGACAAGAACCAGAUCGAUUCCAUCACAGCCUAGCUUCAAGAAGAAGGAGGACGAGCCUCUUGCACAACCUUCAGUUCGAGCUCUACCUGAUGGAAGAGAUGAUGAAGCCUUGAUGCAGCCAGCCUAUGAGUCAGCGGAACCAGAUCAACAACCAGGAGAAGAAGAAUUUGAAGUCCAACCUCAUGCAGCCUUGGCUCCGAUUCGACCAAACUACAACUUGCGACGAGUUCUACAACGACUUCCAACACUGGUGGAACAAGGAGAAAAUGAAAGAGCCAAAAGACUGCUGCUGGGACUGCAUGAACGUCUUUGGCAUUCACCAGCUUCGGAUUUCACAAAUCUUCUUCGAAGAGCUGGCAUGUCUGGCGAAGUCAUCUCCCUUGCGAAGGAGGCUGUGAAGUGCUGUGCGAUUUGCAGGAAGCACAUCAGACUUCCGAAUCGUCCUCAACUACGAGCACGAGGUGCCCAUGUCUUCAACGAGACGGUCCAAAUGGAUUUGUUCUAUUGGGAGUCAACAUGGUUUAUGCUGCUGAUCGACGAAGCAACACGCUUCAAGAAGUGUGGCACCAUUGAUGGACAGGAGUCCGAACAUCUCAUGAAGGCCAUCCUGGAACUUUGGAUCUACCACUUUGGACCUCCUGAACGUUUGGUGCUGGAUCAGCAGGUGGCAUUGAUGAGUCACGACUCUGGUGCAGAAUUUGAACGCCUGGGAAUCAACCGCUGUCCUCGCGGCACUACUUCUGGUCAUGGUUCAGAGCAACAUACUGGUACAGGCAUCGUGGAAAGACACGUCCAGUUGACCAAGCUCACUAUGUUCAAACUACGAGCUGAACUUCAACGACAAGGUCUUCAACCAACUGAACCUGAGCUUGGACAAGAAGCAGCCAUGGCCCAGAACCUGACUUUGUCCUACGGCGGUGUGACUCCAUCUAUGGCCGUUUACGGCACCAUGCCUCGGGAGUUCUACAACCCUGACUCCGAGCAUGUGAUGAACACCGAGGGAGCUCUUGAGACAGAUCUGACAGUUUUCGAACGAGCUCUACGGAUCAGACAGACAUCUCUUGCACAAGCACAACAGGCUGUCAUUGAAGACAGAGUGGCACGAGCUUCAAGGACGAGACCUCACCAAUUGGAUGUUGGCGAACUUGUGGCCGGAACUUCAGAAGUUGAAUUUUACAGGGAGGUCAAGAAUGAUCAAGGAUGGCGAGGACCGGCGCUUCUACUACGCCUUGAUGCUGACGAAGGAGUUGCCAUCAUACAGUAUCAAGGAAAGCCCUACCUGGUCUCUUUGCGACACAUCCGAGCUUUCCGUGGCAUCUACCACAUGGAGAUUCAAACCCCUCAGAUGGACGAUGCACUUUGGAAGCUCAUGAAGUACGUGGAGAACAUGUCCGAGUACAAGGUGUACCUCUAUGGUUGGAUCCGCAAACGGAAUGAGUCUUGGGUGCGACUGCCAAAGAACAACAACGAGGCCAUCAACAUCAUUGCCAAGGCAGAGACAGUUUCAAAAGGCCUCACAAGUCGCACUCUACAUGGUGUUCUAUUUGGACGAGCUCUUCGAUCCAUGAAACCCCCAGCUGGAACCAUUGGCACUCUGAUCACAUGGAUUCAUGGUGGAAGAAACUACUCCAUUCAGGAGCACAAGACAGACAACCAUUUGCGGAUGAAAAGGAUUUCCAAUCACAACAAGGAGGACAUCUGCACCCUCUACUUCUUCUAUUACAUCAUGGUCAGCGAAGAAGCCAUCCAUCCAAAUGUUCAUCCAAAGAAGGAGAACACUGAAGAGAAGCCUGAAGCUCCUGAACCAUCCAAUCCAAUACCAAUGGAAGAAGAUCCACAGAGCAGAAAACGAGAAGGUCCAGAAUCACGCACUGUGAUUCUUUCUCCUGAGAAGAAGAAGCAGAAGAUCGCCUACAUCAAGAAUGAGAUCGAGUUCAUGCGACAUUGGUACAACGCCACAACUCCCCAACUUCGAGUACAACUUGAUUUCAGCGAAGAUUGGCGUUUGGGUCAUUCUCUUUUGACCGCAACUGCAAGGAACUUCCUCCUGCAGAAGUACGACCUUGACCGCAAGAACAACAAGACGAUGCUCUUCACCAUCGACUACAAGUGCAACAGUGAAGCCAUUGCAUGUCUCCGGACGGCCAAGAUCUACAAGGUGGAUCAAGAAACGAGUACCUUUGAAGAUCACCAAAUCUCUGCAGAGAUGUGGCCAGAGAUUGAUCUGGCAGACUCCAACGAAGUCAAGCAGUUCGUGGAGGAAAAGGCUUUCAAGCCAAUUCAUUCACUGCAGUUGACUGAUGAGAUGGUGGUGAUCGACUGCAAAUGGGUACGGAAACACAAACGAUACCCAGAUGGCUCCAUCAAGGUCAAGUCUCGACUAUGUGCCCGGGGAUGCUUCGAUGCACAGAAGCAACAGUUGACGACCCGAAGCACCACUGCGACGAGAUUGUCACAACGACUGUUGGUGUCGCAAGCAGCUCGAGACGAGGACAAAGAUGUGGAGAGCUGGGACAUUGCCGGUGCCUUCCUGAAAGGAUUUGAUUUCAAGCGAAUCCAGGAGUCCUUGAAGAAGCUUGGGUUAGAUGCACCGACAAGACAGGUGGUGGUGUUUCCCCCUCUCAACGUAUGGAGGCAUUUGCAGAAGUACUCAGAUCUUUUCAAGGUUCCUCAACAGUCUCUUCACCAAUAUGGUCUUUUGUGUUUGAAACCCAUCUACGGGCUCAACGAUGCUCCACUGGCUUGGCAGCUAUGUUUGCAUGAGUACAUCUUGGACUUAGGUGCAGCGAGAAGCAAACUGGAUGAAAACUGUUUUCUUUGGAAGCGGCCUUCAACAACCAUGAGCCUUGACAACGUGGAAGCGAUGCUAACCACUCAUGUUGAUGACUUGGCUCUGACGGCAUCUUCCAAAUGGCUGAACAAUCACUACAACAAGUUUGUCCAGAAGUUCAAGAAGGUUUCCAGACAGAGCCUGCCGUUUAGUCAUUGUGGAUGCACCUAUCGCCGAACCAAAGACGGUUAUGCCAUUGACCAAGAGGAUUUCGUGGACAAGAUGAAGCCAGCUCCGAUUCCUUCAAGACCUGAUGAUUCACGUUUGGAACAGUCCGAGGUCACAGACUUCAGAUCUGCCCUGGGUGCUCUUUUGUGGGUCACCGCAACUCGUUUGGAUUUGGUGGCAGAUGUUUCUUUGCUACAAUCAAAGGUGACUACAGCGACUGUGAAGGAGCUGAAGAUGGCCAAUGAAGUGCUGGUGAAAGCAAAAGAUUGCCGAGAAGCCGCCUUGCACUACAGGCGAUUUCAAACACCUCAUCAACGUUUGGUUUGUAUACAUGAUGCCAGUUCUGCAAACAAUGGUCGUCAUUACGCACAAGAAGGCAUUUUGGUUUUGCUUGCAGAUGACCAUUGGCGAGAUCAAACGAUGGAGCAUGAGGUGAUACAUGAUGAAGAAUCUGUGAGGAUGCAUGGAGGUGUCAUGCAUGUCUUGCAUGCACAUGGUGGAAAGGCAAAACGCAUUUCAUACAGCACCAGCCACGCUGAAACUUUGUCCAUGGUGAAUGGAACAGAAUCCACAACUUUGGUGAUGGUGCGACUCUCAGAGAUGAUGCAUAUUUCUCUCAAGCCUACGCUGAAGGAAUUGGUGGACAUCCAAGAGAACGGAAACCCAGCUUUGCCUUCAGAUUUCUACAUGGAUUGCAGAGACCUUUUCGAGCUUUGCACUGGACAGAAGGUUUUACCUCAAGACAAAACCCAGAGGUUGUAUGUGCUGGGCAUUCGUGAAGGUCGCAUCACUGGCCGUAUCCGUCAAACAACUUUGAUUCCAACUGAAUCGAUGACAGCUGAUGCAUUGACAAAACCAAUGCAAAGUCCAGAGUUGCUGCAGUUUCUCACUACGGGAAUGGUAACCAUAUAUGGGGUAGACAAUCACCCGGUGAUCAGCCGCAUUUUACCGUCCUUGCAGGACUAUGAUGAGCAGACCCUGAUGAUGGACGAUGAGAAGCUGCUGGACUAUGUGAAGGAGAAUCCGCAGGCUGUCAAAGCCUCACCCGCAACGGUGCUCUUCGGCCUGAUGGGCGUUUCGACAUCGAGCACUAUGCGGAUGGCGCUGAUGAUGGGAAUGGCAUCCAUGGCCAAUGCACAAGCCGUUCGUGAACAUGAAGUUCAACCGAGUUCCAACUACAUUGGCAUGGUGAUGUACUACUUCCUGAUCUAUGUCAUCGUGAUUGCAGCCAUCCUGACCGAGAAGUAUGUGUUCCAACUGCACUUCGUGCGAAAGAUCGGGCUCUACAUCGCGCACUAUGUCUUCAAGCUGAUGGACAUGAAGCUGAAGGUGGAGAUGAGCGAUGCUAUGGAGGUUGACGAUGAUGGCACAGAGAAGGAGAUUGUCGAACUACAACGGAAAGUUGCAGAUCUGGAAGCAGAAAAAGAACGACUCUUGGAGUACCAGUAUGUCCUGGUCAACAACAGGGACACGCACAAGGAGAACAGUGACCAAGCACAUAGCGAUCUUGCUAAGGCAGAGGAAAAGAUCGAAGACUUGGAAGAAGAGAUGGAACGAAAACGCAACAUUAUCGACAAGCUCAACAAGGAGAUCACUACGGCCUUGGAGCAGAAGAACUACAACGCAACACGGGUUGUCCAAAUGACAACCGCCAACAAGGAAAAGGAAGCCCGGAUUGCGGACCUGAAGGAGCAGCUCCGAAACAUGGGCAACAAGGUGGCACGACGAGAUGAAAGUUCUGGUGAUGGUGGCGCAGCACCGAGCUCAGCGCACGGAGAUGGACCACUUGGACUUCACCGGAUCGAUAUGAGAUCUAUGAAGGAAGCCUUGGAACAGGCAACCUCAGAAGUGGAAGAUUUGAAAGGAGAGAACCAGAGAUUGAAGAACACGCUGGAGGAGAAGAAGGAGUCCAUCCAGCGCAUGCAGCGGGUCUACGAGGAGCAGCAGCAGCGAAUUAGAGACGCACGUUUUCCAGAGGAAGUCCGAAUCACCAGCGGCGGUGCAAAAUAUCACUUGCCAAGCUGCAAACACCUGCAGCGAGCUGGAAAGGACAUCCCAUGUAGCACAUUCAGGCGAUGUUUCGACUGUGCCUGA